UGCUUUUGAACUCUGGCUUGCAUGCUUCCAAUCAUACUUGGAGGAGGUUUGUGCAACUGACCCUGCCGUUAUGCACAGAAUUCUCCUCUCGAGGGUCACCCCAAAAGUUUAUUCCAUUAUCCGGGACCUGCCAACCUACGAUGGGGCACUGGACAUCCUCAAAAGACAGUACCUGUGGCCGGUGAACACCGUCUACGCAAGACAUCGUUUAGCUACCCGGCGACAGCGGCCUGGAGAAUCGAGCGCCGAGUUUCUCCGAGCACUACAGACACUCGUCCGAACUUGUGACUGCAAGACACUCACGGAGAAACAGCAUGCGGAGCUGCUAGUACGAGACGCCUUUGUGACAGGACUGAGGUCAGUGUACGUGCGCCAGCGGCUGCUGGAAAAAGCCGAUCUUACCUUACACUAGGCGAUCGAGAUGGCCAACGCUCUGGAAGCUGCUCUGCACAACGCUAACGCUGUCCAGUCACGUGAUUCCCCGCCGGUUCCGUGGACACCUCAGACCCCGCCACUGCUGGCUCCCAGGAGCGAAUUCACCAACGCCACUGCCAGUCGCAAUUCCACGAGCUCCCCGAACCCAACCACGGCUGCAGCCCGUCAGAAGCCCAUGCUUUCUGUGGACUCAAAAAGCACCCCCAAAACGCUGCCCAGCGCGAGAAGCGACCUGCUCCAGCUGCGGAAAGCGGGGCCAUUUUGCCAAGGUCUGUAAGUCUAAACUAUGAGUGGAGUGCAGCGCUGCGGGUGAGACGUGGGGGCUGCCAUCUUUGUCGGCGUCAGCACGCCCCGCCCCCGACCCUCCGAUGCUUACCGGGUACCCUGACGGUUCAACUCUGGCCACUGUAAUUCUCGACCAAAGCGCCCCACACCAGAUUGCAAGGUCCAUGAUGGACAUCCUGGUGGAGGGGCACAGGACUAGAUGCCUGUUUGAUACGGGCAGCACUGAGAGUUUUAUUCACCAGGACACAGUGCAACGCUGUGGACUUGCAACACGGCCGGUAAGUCGGAGGAUCAAUUUGGCUUCUGGGUCGCAUUCCGCAGACAUCCGGGCGGGUUGUGUAGCGACAUUGGUGGUGCAAGGCACAGAAUAUCGGAACUUUGCGCUACUGGUCAUGCCUCAACUGUGCGCACCUGUGCUAUUGGGGCUGGACUUCCAGAGCCAUCUUGAAAGUGUGACUAUGGUAUAUGACGGGCCCCUCCCACCACUCACUGUCCGGAAUCCUCAGUUUUGUGGGACUUCAUCACUACUGACCACACACACACACAUGGCUCCACACAUCCCAUCCAGCACCAUGCCGACAGCUGCACUACCGACACCAUUUGCAGUCUCUCCACCCUCAAGGUACCUCCCCCACCGCUGUUCUCCAACCUGACCCCCGACCGUAAACCUGUGGCAACUAAAAGCAGGAGGUACAGCGCGGGGGACAGGGUCUUCAUUCAGUCAGAGGUGCAGCGACUGCUCAGGGAGGGGAUCAUUGAGCCAAGCACAAGCCCUUGGAGGGCCCAGGUGGUUGUUGUUUGGACUGGGCAGAAAAAUAGGAUGGUGGUGGACUACAGUCAAACCAUCAAUAGGUUCAUGCAGCUUGACGCGUACCCCCAACCCGCAUCGCGGAUAUGGUCAACCAGAUAGCUCAGUACAAGGUGUACUCGACAAUAGAUCUGAAAUCCGCUUAUCACCAGCUCCCCAUCCGCCCACAGGACUGCCCCUACACCACCUUUGAGGCAGGCGGCAGGCUCUAUCACUUCCUGCGCGUCCCUUUCGGUGUCACGAAUGGUGUCUCUGUCUUCCAGAGGAAAAUGGACCAGAUAGUGGACCAGUACCAACUGAAGGCCACCUUUCCCUAUCUGAAUAACAUCACCAUCUGUGGUCAUGACUGGCCAGAUCACAACGCCAACCUCCAACGAUUUCUCCAAGUGGCCGCAGCUCUGAACCUUACUUAUAACAGGGACAAGUGUGUGUUCGGAACCACCCGCCUUGCUAUCCUUGGGAAGUCUGUCACUGGGACCACCCUACCAGUUUGGCUGACGACCCAGGGGCCAGUGCUGCACCGGAAACUUAUGAGGAGUACUAAAUACUCCCCGCUGGUCGAGAGGGUUCACCUUCUACACGCGAACCCCCAGUAUGCCUACGUGGUCUUACCUGAUGGGCGGGAGGACACGGUCUCCAUCCGCGACCUGGCGCCCGCAGGUGCAGCAGACCACUACCCUGAACACUCUCCGGUAACUAUGAACCCUGUACUUGUGGCGACACCGUGCUCACCAGGCCCUACACAGACUCCUCACAAAACUUAUAUACCGGGCGUUUCGUACGCAUAUAUAUCAGGCACAUGCAUGAGCUGGAACCAGCACAACCUCCAUCUCCUGUGCAAUCACCAAUGUCGCCAGCAUCUGUGCAAUCACAGCCGGUGCUACGUAGAUCGCAGCGACAGAUUCGACCACCUGAUAGACUUGACCUGUAAGAAACUUCGCCACAUGGGGACGCUUUUAAACAAAGUGGGGGUGAAUGUGGUGAACUGCGUGUGCCUGUCUGGACACGUCCCCUGCUGAAUGCUCCUGUGGCUCCUCCCACAGGCCCCUGUAUAAAGGCGAUUGAGGUCUGAUG